ACUCGUCGCUGAUAAGGGCGAGUGCAGAAUCACUCGGGACGACGUGCAGAGCGGCCAGGGAGAGGGAAGGUCAGCACUCUGACCGCGCCCCUUGCCCAGAAACCGACAGCCGCAGCUCGAGAGAGGCUGCGAUCCAAGACAUGGCGACGCUUUUCAGUCUGCCAGGUUUGUAAACCUGGGUUUCGGCGCUUCUAUCAGAUUCGGUUACAACCCAAGCCCAAAUGGACACUACAACGAAUGUAGAAGAAUUGCCACCACUUACCGACAAAGAAGAAGAAACUGAAGACACUUCUUUUCUGAGCAAUUUUACUUGUUUUGAUUUUAACGAAGAUGAAGGGGAGGAGGUCGCAUCAUACGACGAAGAUAGGAGAAGCAUGCGCUUUGAAAGCAAGCAAAAGAAGAAGGAUAAAAUAAAUGCCAGAAUUCCCUUGACACCAAACUUUGGCUCCAAUUCUGACAGUGAUGAUAGCUGCGGGGAAGAAGAGAUUCUAACGAGAAAGAAAAGAUUAGAAAAUGAAAUUAAACGUCUCGAGGAGAAGUUGAAAAAGAAACGGGAAAAGAAUGAGUGCGAAAUCGCUAAAUGUGAAAAAAAUGUUCCUGACGAGAGCGCAAUGCUGUCACCCCUGCCGUUGAACAAAGAAGCUGGAACUGACGAUCGUUUACGUAUGACGACAUUACCCUGCUUGGAUUUUAACGAAGAGGAAGGGGAGGUCGCAUCAUACGACGAAGAUAAAAGAAACCUACGAUUUGAAAGCAAGCAGAAGAAGAAGGCUGAAAAAAGGGCCAGGAUUCCCUUGACACCAAACUUUGGCUUCAAUGACCCGAGCCCCGACGGCGCGCCCCAGGAGUGCCCGCGCACCCGCAGCCAGUGCAGCGCCGCCGGGCCCAUGUACGAGGUGAAGGUCCUGGCGCUGCUGUACCUGCGCGCCUCCCACGGCGACGAGGACUUCCUCCUGGGCGCCAGCGUCGAGGCGGCCGGCAAGUUCGACGACGUGCGGCUCGUGCGCGGGCCGAGGCAGAUGCUGGUGCAGCUCAAGCACAAGGACACCCGCCCCCUCUCCAAGGCGCAGCUGCUGGCCGACGAGGGCAGGAGGCACGGCUUCAGCCUGCUCAAGUACUUCAAGUCCUUCUGCAGCCUCAGGGAGGGCUUCGACGGCAACACCGUCCUGAGCCGCCACUCGCGGUUCGCGGACAUCGAGUUCGUCGUGUGCACCGACGCGGCCGCCGUGCCGACGGAAGGCUGUUUCACCGACGACGACUUGACGACUCCGAGCGACGACAUCCUGAACAUGAACGGGAAGGUCUUCAACUUCGCGCGCAACCAAAAUCUCAUACAAGAAUUCAAGCUAAAACACGCUAGUGAUGCUGAUGACGGUCUUCUCAAAGAGUUCUUUGAUCAGUUCUUCAUUUACAGCGACCAAAUACCAGAGAAAUGUUUGGACAAAAAACUCCAAGAUGAAAUAAAAGAAAAAUGUGGUAUUUCGGAAUAUGGUGCAAACAAAUUCAAGGCCUCUUUGGUUGAAUAUAUAAAAGACUGGUGGGGAGACAAAACAUGUACACGCCAACUGAACGGAGGUGAAUUCAAGCUAGAAUCUGGCCUGGAGAUAUUACAAGAGUUGAGUGUAGGCUCACCGAAAAUCGAAUUUAAGCCUGAAGCGCUUUCAAGUAUAAAAAAAAUUAUUUCAACUGAUUUAAAAGUAAUAAACUGUGUGGUUAAUACUGACAAAUGUGGCCCUUCCAUUGAUAAAUUGACACAGGCAAUUACGGAAACUUCAGUUAAAUAUCUUUCAAUGACUUUGGAAGAUAUAGAAAGUUCAUAUGAAAAGAUUUUGUUUGUUUGGCCAAGCAAAAUGUGUCCAAUUCUUGUGAUAAAUUACGAAAUUGAUAUGCCAGUUCUUCAAAAAAAUAUCAGUGCAAUUUCUGCACAAAUUUUGAGAGCACUUGAUCAGGAGGAAAGUAUUAAAAUAUUUCUAAUAUCAAAUCAAGGAGUAUUGAAAAAUAUUUUGUUUCCAAAUCGUCUGAAAUCUUCUAAUGGAGAAGUAUUCAUAAAGUGCGAAAUACAAAACUUAACAAAAGAAUACCAGGAACGAGUUUCACAAAGCUUAAUCACCUUUCAGGGUUCAAAUGUCACAAUUCAGUCAGUUUUGGGAAACAGCUAUCAGCAUGCAAUCGAUGAAAAUUUAUUGUGUCUUCUUACCUAUGGUGAUAAAACUGUUCAAUUGGGCAGCAUACAAGAAGAGAAACCAUCUUUUUACAUCAAUCGAGUGUUAAAAUGUAAUUCUUUUCUUAAGAAAAGUGUACUUUUGAGUAACUCACGAAAUAUAUUUGCAGUCAGUGGUGCGACUGACGAACAAAUACAAACGAUUUUAGAGAAUGCAGGAAAUAGUGAGAAAUUGGAAAACAAGGCUUUUGUGCCAGAAUCCAAAAACUUCCCCAAUAAAAAAGAUAUGUUUGGAUUUGAAAUAAUGGAUUCAUGGUAUUAUGAUGGCGCAGCUAUUGACAGCACAGUAACAGCUGAUAAUCUUUUUUUAAGCAACAUAUUCAAACGAAAAAAUGAAAAUGAUUAUUUAGAAAAAAUCGAAAAUUCUCAAUUACAAAUUAAUAGUGAAACUAACAUGACUACUGUUCUUAAACAAAAACGUUUUCACACAAUCCAAAGUAAUGAAGAGUUUGUGAAGCUCUACAAAAAGUAUAAAUACAAAAAUGUUCAUUGGCUUGAGUUCGAGGAUGGGAAUUUAAGAUGGAAAAAAUCUAAAGGUAGUUGGAAUGUCAUAAAGCAUAAUAUUUGUACUCAGACAGAAAGUUUCCAUGUCACCAAUGUAUGGGAUAUUCCAAAUAGAAUUGUCGUAGUAACAGGAGUAUCAGGGUCUGGAAAGUCAACACUGUUGAGUAAAAUAGCACUGAAUUCAAAAAAAGAUAGACCCGAAUCAUGUAUCAUUCGUAUAAAUCUAAGAGAUUGUAAAACUGACUUAGAAAAUCUUAAUUUGACAAUAACACCAGGUGAAGCAUGUGAGUUUCUUAUAAGAAAUUCAAUGUCUUUGGAAGAAAAUAUUCAAAGUUCAGCCAGUAGGUUUUUUAAGUACAUCCUUACACACAGAAAAAGAGCGGUAGUACUAGUAGAUGGGUUCGACGAAGUGUAUCCUGAAAAUGAAUGCAUGAUUGUUAAUUUAAUUAAGAGCUUGAUGAAAUUGCGCAUAUUGAAAAUGUGGAUUACUUCACGACAGUACAUGUCCUCAAGACUGGAGAGUAUAACAAGAACCAUGGCUUUUGAGCUACAACCACUGACCAUUUCAGAAAGUUGCGACUUGAUACACCAUUGUAUAGACAAUGUAGACCAUGAUGUACUCGGUAAAGUUCCAAUUACGACUGAUCCAAGAUUGUGUCAACUCCUGGAAAAUCCACUGAACUGUAAAAUGCUUGCGGAAGUAGCAAAAAGUAAAACAGGUAUACGAGAGAAACUUCUUGGCAGGGAUUCAGUCAUCAGUUAUUUAACCAUUCUGAAAGCUAUAGUCGAAUCAAAGUUUGAAAUGUAUUUAAAAAAAAUACAACUUCUUUUUUCAGAAAACUAUCAGAUGCAUGAAAUAUCUGAAAUGAAGGAAAGAUUUAUAGAAAACCACCAGUGGUCAGCAUUGUUACAUAUAUCAUCACCUAACAUUGUUAAAUCCACAGAUAUCUUCAAAAAAUCGGCUACAAAACGACGGCUAAAAGAUUUCGUGGAUGCAGUUCAAACAGGUUCGGGGGUAACUGGCAUAAUAAACACUGUUCGUAAUGGAAUACCUCAAUUUGAACACGGCAUGUAUGUUGACUAUUUUUUAGCAUUAUGGAUAAUGGAUAACUGGCAUGGAACCCAUAAAAAUGCAGCUAAGAUGAUUUUAAAACGUAUAAUAUUUGACCCAAGAUUUUCGUUCGUGAUUCAACUUUUCAACUUGAUGACAUCAAAAGAUUUGGAAUUUCACACUGCUAUCCUACAGAUCAACUGGAAUUCAACUUUACCUAAAAUACUGAAGAAAAAGAAGGUACGCGAAAUUAACUAUAGGGAUGAAGCUGGCAGAACAGCACUGCAUUUGGCUUUGUCUCUGUGGAAUACUAACCUGGAAAAUAGCGAGAUGCUCUUUCUAAAAACCAAAAGAGAAGUGAUUGGUAACUUGUUACGUCUUGGAGCAAAUCCACUCUUACUCGACGACAUUCUUGAAUGGAGCCCAUUCCGAUACAGUAACAUAAGAACAGUUCCUUGGGGUAUUGUCGCUGUAAUGAUGGACAAAAAUGGUAUCACGAACUUUGAUAAGAAGGAGCUUAUUGGAAGGGUAAGAACCCAGAAAUUAGAUGCAUUAUCUGGAUUGGCUCAUGGUGUUAGUUUCGGCAACAGAAAGCUUGUUUCUUUUCUUAUAAAAAGUGGUGUUGAUGUUAAUGACCAUGUUAAUGAGAUGGGAGAUACUGCACUAAUAAUCGCAGCAACUCAUGGGAAAUAUGACAUACUAGAGUUCCUACAUACAGAACAUAAUGCAAAGCCAGAUCUCAGGAACAACAAUGACGAUUCUCCAUUGCACUGGGCAUGUCUGAAAGGCCACAUUUCUAUUGUGAAGUACCUGAUUAACAACUGCGGAAUACUUACAGACAUUAAGAACAAAACGAAUCACACACCACUUCUUGCAGCUGCUAGGGGUGGACAUUGGAAAAUCAUUAAAUAUCUCAUAGACACCCACAACAGCGAUCCUCGAGUGAAGACCACGUUUGGGCAGUCGGCUCUGUGUCUGGCUGCCGCAAGCAACGGUGAUCAAAGCAGAAUGGUGAAGUACUUGGUAGAAAAAUGUGACUUAAAUUAAAGAACAUGUGAAGAUUAUUUUUGUUGGCCAACUCAUAUCGCGUGCAAAAGAGGCAACUUCAACACCGUAAAAUAUUUAAUUGAUAAGGGUGAAAUCGAUUCAAUGGUGAUAGAUGACAAGGGGUUAUGUCUGUUACAUUGGAUGAUUAAAUUUUUCAAAGUUGAGAAGGUAAAAGAAAUUGUCAAGCAACACAAACUUUCCCUUGAUAUCUCUAACUAUGCAGUCAGUACUUUGUUUAUGUGGGCUUUAAUACAUUCUCCCCUCGAUACAUGCAAGUUAUUACGAAAUAAAUGUAAUAACAUUCAUGACUGUAAUGCAGAAGGAAACACGGCACUUCAUAAUUAAAUUAUUUACUGUAAUUCGGUGGUGCAAGUAAAGUAUGUGAAAUGGAUAAUAAAAAAAAAUGCAAAAUCAACCCAAGCACUGUGAACAAUUCAGGCUUAAUAGCGCUUCAGUGCGCCAUUCAACGAUCCAAUAACCCAGCAACGAAAUCUUUCAUAGGGCCAGGCGUUGUUGAAUAUAUUCAAAGCGUUUGUGUGUGAAUAAAAACUUAUUUUGUUUAAUAUCGUUAAGGUGUUUAUGUGUGAAUAAGAACUUAUUUAUGCUAUGAUUGUAAAUUGAAUGCAAGUACCUAUGUUGUAAAAAAGUGCGUAAUUUUUUUAUGUUUAUGUAGAGUUUGGGCAGUUAAAAAAAUAUAGUAAACACGAUGUCUCAUUUAUGUGCUCUUGAAAAAAUAUGUUUCUGUUAUAUUUAAUGAAAAAUUUCAUUCUAAUUGACGGGGGAAAAUUAUUUUCAAAAAAAUUUAUUUGCACAUGCAACCGAGCAUGGUUGGUCAAUAUGUAACAUGUCGGUGUUCGAUCCGGAAUGAGUUAAAACCGAGGGCCCCAUAAAAAGUACCCUUCCCCUGACACCCGUAGUUGGACCAUAGAAUCAACAAAUUGUUCACAGGUAGAAAUUACUCGGUAGUUAUACACAAAAGAAGCAGCUAUAUGCCGCUUUAACCGACUGCCAUGCCUACUCUGCAGGUGAUUUUUUUCCAGUGGUUUUUCAUGCACAUUUUAAGCGUGUGAUGGCAACAGUUACUUAAGUGCUUACUUUAGAAUUCCUUAGCCAACGAAACUGUUGGCUGUAAAUUGAUGACAAGAUGUUGGACAGAACUCAAGGAAUAAAAAUCUCUUCAAAAUA